AUGGCUGUGGGUAGAGAUUUGGGUCGUCAGGUGGAUUCUGCAAAUACGCAGGGUUUGAGUGGCAUCAUCGGCUCGAUACUUGCCCUCGGCCUCCACAACCGCAACAUCAACGUCAAAGUCUACGAGCAAGCCCGUACUUUGCGAGAAAUCGGCGCCGGCAUUGCUUUCACCAAGAACGCUCGCAAAUGCAUGUCCUUAGUCGACAGCCGUCUGCCAGACUGCGUCGCCUGCGUGGCUACUGUCAACGGGGACCCCGCCAAUCCGAACAACAACAUGCAAUUCCUGGACGGCUACACCCAUUCCCCGGGACAGGGCAUCGGGAAAGAUCUGGAGGGUCGUAAGCUCUAUCGGCUGUACGGAGGGCCGAGGGGCUUCGAGGGAUGUCAUCGGGCUCACUUUUUGGAGAAGGUGAUGGAGUUGAUACCAUCUGGCGUAGUUCAUUUCCAGCGUCGGCUGGAGAGUAUUGACCAGGGGGGUUGGGGGAGACUACUUUUGACAUUUUCCGAUGGGAGUACUGAGGAGGUCGAUGCCGUAAUCGGGUGCGACGGCAUCAAAUCCCGCGUCCGCCAGCUCCUCUUCGGUCCCAUCAACCCUAUCUCCUACCCCCACUACACCCACAAGAUAGCGUACCGCGGCCUGGUUCCCAUGGACACUGCAAUCGCGCGUCUCGGCCUCGACCGCGCCCGUACCCAACACAUGUACGGAGGACCAGCCGCGCACGUCCUCACCUUCCCCGUCGCAAAGCAAGCCCUCAUGAACAUAGUAGCCUUCGUGGCUGACCCGACCGAUUGGCCUCUCUCUCGCCCGAUGGCCCAACCAGCCACGAAGGCCGAAGUCGCCGCCGUCUUCGCAGACUGGGGUCCCACCGUCCGGGCGAUCGUCGAUCUGCUCCCCCCCGAGAUGGACAAGUGGGGCGUCUUCGACCACCUUGAUUAUCCCGCCCCGACAUAUUCCAUCGGCCGUGUCUGUCUCGCUGGCGAUGCAGCGCAUGCCUCCUCGCCACAUCAUGGCGCUGGUGCCGGCAUCGGCGUGGAAGAUACGCUCGCGCUGUCGGUGUUGCUAGACGGUGUGGCCCGGGGCGUGGAGAGCGGGACGGUGGUGGAUAAGGCCAAAGCGCUGGAGGCUGCAUUUGCAGCUUUCAGCUCUGUGAGACACGAACGGUCGCAGUGGCUGGUGCAGAGCAGUCGCGAGGCAUGCGAUAUCUACGAGUGGAAACACCCGGACUUCGGAGCCGACAUGGAUCGCGCACAUGAAGAGAUCACGCGACGAUCGCAUCGCAUCUGGUAUUUUGACAUUGAGGGUAUGCUGGAGGAGUUGGAGAAGGAAUACCAGGGGAAUAUGGCAAUCAUCUGA